AUGCCUAAAGCCGCACGACGCACUUCAGGAGCUCGCCCUGCGCCGUAUCCUGCUAUCAGACCAGGCGAUACACCGAGAUCCACCAGCUCCACCACGAAGACCACGUCCAAACCUUCUCCUUCGAAGUCGUCUGCGAAGAAAGCCUCUGCUAAACCUGCAACGAAAAAAGCACUCGCAGAUAAGCCGUCUUCAUCGGUCAACAUCCCUCCCAAAACGAAGACGACGUCGAAAAGCAAGAAAGCAGGGCCCACAUCCAUCGAGAACCCCUCCUCCGAAGACAUCGUCCCAACUGGAACCGUAGAAGCAGACAAGCAAUCCCCAUCCACCAAACCCACCCCCAAAAAGCAAAAACCCGCGACCUCCAAACCCUCCCCACCCAAACGCCCGGGCAGCAAUGAUACGACUCACCCCCACGACCCCAGCGCAUCCACCUUCCUCGACCUCACCCUCCCCGGCGAAAGCACCUCCUCGGUCCCCAUGCACGACACCUGCUCCACGAUCCGGCACAAAAUCAACGACCUCCUAGGGAAAUCCAACAAGAAACCCGAGAACGGCAACCCGGCCGAACCCAAAAAAGACGGAACCCUGAAACCCUUCACGAAAGCGAGUUUCGUGCGCGCCAUUGGAUGUACGCCCAAGACGCUGGAUACGUUCCUCGGCGCGAAGAAGAUGAUGGGAGGCGCGGAGAGUCCCGUAUAUCCUGCUGCGUAUAUCUUCUUUGAGAAGAAGAGGAUUUGGGAGGGGAAGAAGAAGACUGCUGGGAGGCUGAAGGUGGAAGAGGAUCGACCGAAUGGUCUCAAGCUCUGGGAUCCUAACUUUAGGAGGAUUAUGAUUGGGCCUGGAGAGCAUGUUUCGGAUUUUACGGAUAAGUAUGGACAGUGUGGUCCAUGA